UCACAAUCUUGCCCAACAUCUCUGUGGAGACAACUUUACAGCAUCUCACCACACCGCACGUAUACCCUGGUGGAGAUGGACCUCGCGAGGUAUUUGGCUUGACCAACUUCUUUUCCCUCCCCCGGCCAUUACGACAGCUCGAAGACUUGGGCGGAGGCAGCCACACGAGGCAGCACCCCGGAGCAGAUACUUCGGGACGCCAGUUUCUUGUGUAGAGAACGGUUCACUAUGUCACGAUGUUUGAUCAACAGCGUAGCGGGACAUUCCGUCCUUAGUGGAAGUAGAGAGCUCCUCCAUUCACCAAACACUUCGGCAAGGCGAGCUGUCAGUGCUCACCUCAAUCUCUACGCAUGGAGAAGGUCCGCUAAGACUUCCGAACUGCACACGACGGCAUUUCGCCUGGCUUCAUCGUCGAACGAGACAGCUAGGCGCAGCAAUCCGGCUCCUGGUAGCGGUGACACAACAUCUGCCGGUCCCUCACGCUCAUCUUCAAAAGCGGGACCGAGUGGGGAGGCAUUGGAUGAGGCCAAAGGUGUCGAGACAUCGAGCACGUUAGGCAGCUUGGAGCGAAAGCCAAGUUCAGCGUCGCAAGCAGCUUCAGCCGUGACAUCACGGAGUGCCGCAGCCGAUGAACAGCAUAUUCAAGGGGUUUCUGAGAAUGUAGGCCGCAAUAGCGACCAAAGUCAGCCGAGACAGGCGAAGCGGAGAAGGCUGCCGCUGAUACUGGCUUUGCUGGCGGGAGCUGGUGCUGGACUGUAUGGUGUGGACGAGUAUCUGAAUGCUAGGAUCUUGCAAAGGAACAUCAGGACACUUUGGUGCGGACUUACCAUAGCUCUGGACUACAAAAUCAAUUUUGACCCUAAGAACGCAGAGAGCGUCGCAGCCCUACACGAGCGGUGUGCGGACCGCCUUCUAGCAGUCUGCGAUGAGAAUCAAGGUUUAUACACCAAGUUGGGGCAGGCAGUAGCGAGUAAUAGCUUCAUCCUUCCGAAGCCUUAUGCUCAACUUAACAGAUUAUUGGAUGACGCCGAGAGGAUGCCUUGGGAGAUCGUGAGGAAGGUUCUCGAGGGCGAGCUGGGGGACCGGCUCGAGCAGGUCUUUGAGAGCAUCAACGAGAAGCCGAUAGCGGCGGCCUCGAUAGCCCAAGUGCACCUGGGCAUCCUAAGAGGAAAUGGUGACGAAGAAUCCCGCAAGGUCGCAGUCAAGGUCCAACGGCCGCAAAUCAGGGCACAGGCGUACUGGGACCUGUUGUGUUUCCGCAUCCUCUUGCGGUUUUAUGAGCAGAUUUUCGAGCUCCCCCUGUCGUAUUUUGGGCAGUACAUUUCUGACCAGAUUCUGCAAGAAACUUCUUUCGUCCACGAAGCGGAGAACUCGGAGCAGCUGCGCAAGUACAUUGCUACGGAUCCUCUCAAGCUUGUUCGCGAUACCGUAUCGGUGCCUAAGGUACACCGCGACUUGUCGGGGGAGCGCGUGCUCGUGAUGGAGUACGUGUCUGAUGCCGUCAAGAUGACGGAUCAGAAGGGGAUGGAAAAGCUAGGUCUGUCCGUUAGAGAUGUAGCAAAGUCGGUUUGUGAAGUUUUUGCGAGUCAAAUCUUUCAGUACGGGCUCGUGCAAGCAGACGGACACGCUGGCAACAUUCUCGUUAGGAAGAACCCGCAGUAUGAGAACGCCAGCAUCUUCAAAAGUGCAGCCAAACCUAAGCAUCAAGUGAUUCUGAUUGACCACGGGCUCGUCAUCCCUCUGUCCGAGGACUUUAGGAGGCAAUACGCCAAGCUGUGGAAAGCCAUCUACCAGGUCGACCUGCCGACAUUGGAAAAGAUCACUCAGUCAUGGGGCAUGGGAGAGGGGUCGUCGGAGCUUUUUGCGAGUGCUACAUUGAUGAAGCCCUGGAGCAAGCCCAAGACGGAUGCAGAAAAAGCAGAAGCUGCAAAGAAACGCGCACAGGAUCCUCGGUCGGAUGCGGACAUUCAAAAAGAGCGCAUGAAGAGCUUCCUCGUCCAAGUGGAGCUGACACCCAAAGAGUUGAUCUUUGUUGGUCGGUCUAUGCGCAUCAUUCAAGCCAAUUGUCAGGUGCUUGGAUCCCCGGUCAAUAGGCUCAACAUUCUGGCUAGACACGCAGCCUCCGCCCUCGUCUCCCCGAAGAGUCCAAGUCUGAAAGAACGUGUAGACAGUCUACGCUUCAAGACUGCUUUGUUCAUCAUUGACGGCGCUUUCUUGACCUCUCGUUUGGUUCACUGGUUGUCCCUCUUGUUCAGAAAUCCCCUAGGAGCACUGGGUCUACGAGAAUUGGCACCGACGGAGAAGCGCAAAGGUUUAGAGGACGACUUGGCACGUGGUAUGCAAGAGAUGGGAGAGGAGUAUGGCUUGGACCUUUCGGACGCAUUUGAGAUGGAACAGUAGCACUUGCAAUAGAGCAUCAUUUCCUUUCGUCAAACAUGCAGCACUGAAGGGGCACGAACGCUUCCAAGACAAAUGCAGAUGCAUUCUCCGCGCCGC